AUGACGUUAGAUUUCUCCCGGGCAGCGCAAACCAGGUCCUUCAACUCUGCAGAGUUCCUGUGCCCUAAACUCUGGGCCAGGAGUAUCACACGGCGAAAGGCUUCUCUGCUUCCACUUCCUCACGCCAUCCAAGUGGAUAUGGAGGUCUCCAGCCAGGAGCCAAGCCCUCCAGAGCUGAAUUUAGAAGAAAUAACCAGGAAGAUCACAUUUCUUGACAGAUGGAGGGAGAUCUUCAGUUACCACAGGUUGGGGACCAAUAAUGCAACUCCGCAGGACCAUGAAGGAAACCCGGCAGCUGCUGAUCAAGCUGGAGAUGGGACGGGGACACCUCCGCCCAGGGGACAGGGACACUGGCCCUCCAGGAGCCUUCCUUCCAUUCCCAGGCCCUCCGUCAUCUCUUCAGCAUCGGCCGGCUCUCCUAUCUCCCCGGCAAUGGCCACAAAGCUGCAGCAGAGCCUCUUUGGAAAUGCUGUCCGUGCCUUCAGCCAUGACUGGGAAAGGGCCCACUUCCAGUUCCACCGCCCUUUCUCUGACCUCGCUUUUGCUUUGGAAGUGGAAAAGGGAGGCCCCCGGAGCAUUCAGAUGGCGGUUCAAGCAGCCAUCGUCAAGUAUCUGCUGUUUCCCAGGAAGGGGGAAGACCGUCGCCCUCACAGUCUGCGUGACCUGAGCAGGCAGCAGCAGGAGCGAGCCCUGGCUGCGGUGCUGACUGACGUCCUGUGGGCCUCGGGUGCCGCUCAGAAGGCCGUGGUCUGCCUGGUCACCGAGGACGCCUACGUUGCCAGGGCCCCUGACCACUCCAGGGGCGACUUCACUGAGCGGCUCCAGCUGUUUGAAUUUUCAGAGAAAGAAGCGGCUGAGAAAUUCAUCCGGGACCACUCGCAGUGCUUCAGAGGGGAAGGGAGUCGCGGGGUCCUGCUGUUCCUUUUCAGCCUGAUCUUGUCCAGGACGUUCGAGAGGCUUCAGAAGGACCUGGACACGACCACCUCUCAUCUGUUACAGCCCAGCGCUGGGGGCUUCCUGUGCAGGCAGGCCCUUCUGAACCUGAUUCUAACUGGGAGAGCAAGUCCACACGUCUUCAACGGCUGCCAGCAAGGGAAGGCUCAGGAGCCUCUGCAUGGGGUCCUGGCCCGCAGUGAGGUUGGCUACCUGCAGUGGGGCGAGGGCACCUCCGCGGGUGACAGACCCUCACAGGUGGGCAGCAUGCUGAAGACCCCCGUGUUCCCCGUUUGGCUGUGUAACAUCAGAGGGAAGUGCAGCGUCCUCUUCUGCACAAACAGGCAGCUCUUGUCAGACUGGAAAGCGGAGCGCGUCUUCCACCUGCUCUUCUACAGCGGUCAGCCCUUGCAGAAAAGGCCCCUGCAUCUGACAGUAGAUACACACUCCCACCCCUGGGAAGGGGACGGACGUGGGGACGGACGUGGGGAUGGACUCAGCCCUGGACGACGAUUUUCCCCACUGGAGAUGGCGAUCAGAACCAAGUGGAGAGAGGCCACCAUCACCUGGCACGGGGCUGGUCCCCUUUUCUAA